AUGCCGGAGGAGCUCGAGCUCAUGGGUCAGCAAGACCGGCGAGACGUGCUGGCUGUGGCUGUGGCUGACCCUGAGCCCGAGCCGUUCUCUCCCUCCAUCUUCCUGGACCUCCCUCCGACGCCCAGCCGUCCCGACUGCCACAACGAAGACCUGGCAUCGUCCGACGACCUCGUCCUCCCCUUCAUCUCGCGGAUGCUCAUGGAGGAUGACAUCGACGACGCCUUCUUCUACAAGUACCCCGACCACCCCACGCUCCUCCAAGCCCAGCAGCCCUUCGCCAACAUCCUCUCCGACGCCACCCCUCCGGACCGACCAGUGGAGCCGCUCUCACAGUCACAGCUGCUGCUCCAGCAGUUCCCUGCCGACGGCGACGACCUGCAGGUCUUCUUCAGUGGCUGCAACGGGGACAUGCUCAACAUCGCAUUGCUCAAGGGAAUGGAAGAGGGCAGCAGGUUCUUGUCGUUGCCAACCAACAACGGCCUCCUCAACAGCAAGAAGCAACCGAUCCAAGUGAAUACGGGUGGCAAGCUUAAGAACAGGAGGCGUACUCUGCAGCAGGACGAAGAUGAACCGGAUGAGGCCGAGACGAGCAGGAACAGCAAGCUGAUGGUGCCUGAGCCGGAAGAAACCGGCGAGAUGGUUGACCAAAUAGCUCUCAACGUGUUCAGCUGGUGCCUCUCUGAAAUACAGAGCUUGCGCUUGACUAUCGGCGGCGAGCAGGUUGAGAACAACACCAGGACCGGGACCGAGUCCAGGAGCAAGACGAACAAGAAGAACGGCAAGUACUGGGCACAUGAGACCAUGGACUUGCACACCAUGCUCCUCCACUGUGCGCAAGCCGUGGGCAUGAACGACCGUCGAAGCGCGACGCAGCUGCUGGGGCAGAUCCGGAAGCGUUCCUCGCCGAGCGGAGACGCCAACCAGAGGCUGGCGCACUGUUUCGCCCAGGGACUAGAGGCGCGGCUCGCCGGCACAGGCAGCCAAUUGUACAGGUCACUCGUGUCAAGGCGCACCUCCGUAUUGGAGUACCUCAAGGCCUACCAACUGUUUGUCGAAGCGUGCUGCUUCAAAACGAUGGCGUUCCGCUUCUCCAAUCUCACCAUCUGCCAUGCCACCUUGGGGAGAAACAAGCUGCACAUCGUAGAUUACGGCAUCGAGUACGGUUUACAGUGGCCAACUCUGCUGACCCGUCUCGCAACGCGGGAAGGUGGACCGCCGGAGGUGAGGAUGACAGGCAUUGAUCUCCCACAGCCAGGGUUCCGGCCAUCUUCUCGGAUCGAGCAGACGGGGCGCCGCCUCAGCAGCCGUGCCAGUCAGUUGGGCGUGCCAUUCAAGUUUCGGAGCAUCGCCGCCGCUAGGUGGGAAACGAUCCGCGUGGAUGAUCUUGACAUGGAGCCUGAUGAGGUACUGGUUGUCAAUAGCCUUGUCCCGUUUGGACAUCUGAUGGAAGAUGGUGUCACCGUGGAUAGCCCCAGCCCCAGGGAUGUUGUCCUGAACAACAUCCAGAAGAUGCGUCCCGAUGUGUUCAUCCUUUGCAUCGUGAAUGCCUCGUACAAUUCACCUUUCUUUGUCACGCGGUUCCGUGAGGCGCUCUCAUAUUACUCAGCAAUAUAUGACAUGCUUGAUGCCACCACCCCACGGGAUAAUGAACUACGCUUGCUGGUUGAACGCGACCUCUACGGACAGUGUGCCUUGAAUGUUGUCGCCUGUGAGGGGCUGGACAGGGUGGAGCGGCCGGAGAGAUAUAAGCAAUGGCAGGCGCGGAACCAUCGUGCCGGGUUAAGUCAGCUUCCUUUGGAUCCAUGUAUAGUUAAGGAUGUCAGGGAGUGGGUCAAGAGCCUAUACCACAAGGAUUUUGUCAUUGACAUCGAUCAACACUGGCUCCUUCAAGGGUGGAAGGGGCGUAUACUCUACGCCAUGUCAACAUGGGUUGCAUGCAAAUGA